UUUUUUUUUUUUUUUUUCCCGUCGGAGCAGCCAGGGGACGUGUCGGGGUAGCGCAAUGGCCGUGAAGCGUCUCUAUCGUUAGCCGGCGGCGAUGAAGACGCCAGCUCUGGUUUGUAGUGAGGCUUUCGGUGCGUUCCUCCACAAGCACUGUCCUGUGGUGGCUGAGUGCCUCAGUCCCACUCCAUGGUGCUGGGGAGGCCGCCUCCAAACGCUGCUCUGUGCCCUCUUCAAGUCCAAACCCCCGGUCACUUAUCGCAAUGAGCUGAUCCGUACGGUCGAUGGUGGUCAGCUCUCGCUGGACUGGGUGGACAAUCAGGCCAGCGCGGCCCACCCAGAAUCCUCUACGCGCCCCACAAUACUGAUCCUCCCAGGCAUAACAGGGAACAGCCAGCAAUCCUACGUGCUCCACGCCGUCAGCCAGGCCACCCGCCGCGGCUACAGAUGUGUGGUCUUCAACAACAGGGGGGUUGGAGGGGAAGAGUUGUUGACGCCUGUCACCUACUGCGCCGCCAACACCUCGGAUCUUGAGCGUGUGGUGCAACACGUCAAAAGACUCUACCCUCACGCCCCUCUGCUUGGUGCUGGUGUGUCCAUGGGAGGCAUGUUGUUGUUAAACUACCUGGGCCGUAAGCGCACGGAGUCGGGGAUGGUGGCGGGGUUCACCAUCUCUGUCCCCUGGGAUGCACAGAAAUCCUCCGCCUCUAUGGAAGAACCGCUCAACUGGCUGCUCUUCAACAAAUACCUCACGAGCGGCCUGUGCAAUGCCGUCACCAGGCACAGGAAAAUUCUGGAGAAAGUAGUGGAUGUCGACUAUGUCCUGAAAGCGCGGACUAUCCGUGAGUUUGACGAACGCUUCACCUCUUUGCUUUUUGGUUAUAAAUCUUGUACGGACUACUAUCGCGAUGCCAGCCCAGACCAAAAACUCCCCAAUACAGCGGUACCCAUCUUGUGUCUCAACGCUGCCGAUGACCCCUUCUCUCCCCAAAAUGCCUUCCCGUUGACCAUAGUCCAGGGCCUGCCUAAUGUUGCCCUGUUGCUGACUUCUCAUGGUGGACACAUCGCCUUCCUGCAGGGUUUGUUUCCACGCGGUGAGAGCUACAUGGAGCGCCUGUUCGGCCAGUUCGUCCAAGCAGUCUUUGAACAACCGAGGGACCUCAACAAAGCCUGUGGCAUCAAGGAGGAACAGACGAGCUGAUUGUCAUUCACCCCGAUUGUAUUCUGAACCUGACGGAAGAAGAAUAUGAAGUCACUUGCACUAUAGCGGUGGAACAACAAUUCACAAGAAUGUGUUGCUUAGCUCUGCAUGCUGUUGCACUGCUACAGAAAAAGUUGCGUCUCUUUCACGUUUGCGCCGAGAAUGACCAGCUGCAUUGUACAAUCAUAUGACCUCACUGCAACUCUGCUAAUCUACCUCCUUUAUGGUCUCAGUUUGUACUUUUAUUGAGAAAUCCAAGAAGGUUUUUUUUUUUUUUUAAAAGUAGACAAUUCUGAAAUCAAGCUGUGGACACUAUUUUUUAAUAAUUACUGAAAUAUUUGCAUCCAACUAAUAAGCUGAUGCCUAAUUUAGUUAUCAUAAUGUUUCUCCCUCCUACUGUCCCACCUUCAGAUGAUGCACUGCAGUGUGUGUUGAAAACAAAGUGGGGAAAAAAAUUAUUCCAUUAGGAAGUUGGUGCUUGGAUUUUAGGCAUUUUUUAAAAUGAUGUUACUUAAAUAGAAAUGAAUAUGUAAAUUAGAAAACAGUUGUAUUGUAGUGUUGAUGUUGGUGUACUCUUUCUUUUGCCUCAUAUGCUUCUUUUGUUUUGCAAGACGUGUUUUCCUUGAAGUGUGAGAAGCCUUAAGGGAUUAUACUUCCCCAUGUUUUAGCCCUGCAUGCAUAUUUCACAUACCGUUUUUCAGCGCACACCAGACCACAGCAGGGGUAAUCCUGUUUACUCUUCACUUGUUAGAGCUGUCAAUCUCAACAGCAGGAAUAUGCUGUACAAAUCUGCCAUGUGUACGAUUGUAAGAUAGGUUUAUUUAAUUUAAAAAAAAAAAAAAAAGGUAAAUCAGUUAAAUGUAAAAGUAAAUGGCAAAGUAUUGUAUUGCUUGUAUAUGCUUUGGCAGUUUGCUUGGUUUGAAAUGUAAAUUAUGUUUUGCAGCAGAGGUAAAUUAGCUGACACUGUAUGAACCAGUAAAGCUCAGUGUGGUACUUGAGGUACUUUUACCUGCUGUCAGUAAUUUUAAUAUUAAUGGUGCUAAUUAUUAUCAGCAUGAGGUUGUUGUUGUUUUUUUUUCCGUUUUCAGGAUGAAAUGUGGCUCUUUGCAGAAGUUUGGCAUGUUCACUUGCCUUUAAUUGCUGUGUAUUUGUUAAUGGAGAAUUUUUUUUUAAGUUGGAGGUUCUGUAUGAGCUAUAACCAUAAUCACAGUGUUAUUGCAGUAUCAGUAUCAAGAUUGCUACCUAUAAUCUUAAAGACCUUUGGGCAUUAUGGACUCUCUGUUUGGUUGUUGGUUUUUAAAUUACACUUGAAUUAAAGAA